AUGGCCUGCGAGAUGGCAAAGAUCGAUCGAAACUACGCCCACUUUGCGCUGUUCGGAAGGAGUCCGCUAUCGAUGGAGGAGAUCCUCGAAGUCAAUGGCGUUGAUACGUCUGAAUGCAAAGUGUUCUGGCACGAUGCGCGUGGGGAUUAUGCCGAGUUCAGCAGCGAUGCGAGGACAGAGUCGGCAACAAGAGGGGCAAUGAAACAUAUCAACGACUUUGUACACCCGCAAGUCAUCAUCAUGGAUGAUAGCAAGCGAGAGGACAGCUUCUUCUCAAAGGCUAUGAAGACGAAGGUGAAGGAGACGGGGACAGCAUUGAUUGAAGUUCCAUUAGGUCGAUAUGAGGAAUGGCUGUGGAUGACCAGACUGGAUGCUGGCAGUCUGAGCAACUGGCACAAACCCAACAUCGAUAUUCUCAUCCAUGCCCCAGCAGGCAGCUCAGGGAGUCUCAUUCGCCUACUCAAGAGCCUUUACAACGCCGAGUACAGAGGCUUGAAAGUUCCCAGACUGACGAUCGCGCUCCCGACCAAGAUCGAGCCUGCGUUACAAAACUAUCUCGGCGGUUUCAUGUGGCCACCGUGGAGGGACUUCUCCGAACAGAAUGGCCUUACCGUUCGCCAUCGAAUACCAUCCUCGAGGACAUCAUCUGAGCAGGCCUCCAUUCGCUUCGUCGAAUCAUUCUACCCUCCCAAUUCAAAAGACAACCACGUCUUGGUUCUCUCGCCUCAAGCAGAGAUGAGUCCUCUGUACUUACAAUACCUGCACUCCUCGAUCCUUGAGUACUACUACCAAUACUGGGGAGCCGGGAACGACCUGAUGGGCAUCUCACUGGACGUGCCGACUGCCUUCCUCGAUGGCAAAGAUGGCUUCAAACAGCCCACACUUGGCAACAUGAGCUACAACAAGCAUGCGCAGGAUGCUGACCCGCAAAUUCCAUCUCCUUUCCUUUAUCAAGCGAUAUCGUCAACAGCCAACCUAAUCCAGGGCGAGAAGUGGGCUGCAUUCCAUGACUUUCUAUCUAAACGAAUACAAGCAUCGCACAGCGGCAAGACUGGCAAGAAAGACCACAAGGUCGUGCCUGAGACGGAACCGGCUUGGGUGGAGUUCUUCAUGGAGCUCGCAAGAGCCCGAGGUUGGACAAUGCUGCAUCCGCCAACAAGUCUUGUCACUAUCCACAAUGAGCUUGCUCAGAUACCCGAGGAGUUCUCGCGUCCUCCAGCUUCAGACACCAAGGCGACUGAAGUAUUCAAGCAAUCUGACCAUCCAGAAGAGGAACCAUUCCUACUGUCAGCUGACCCGCCUGUGCCCGUCGAGCAUAUUGAAGCGGAUCCAUCUCGCAGUUUCAUGCCUCUGCACCAGAUGUUACCUUUCAAUGGCGAGCUACAAGACUUGGCGUCACUCCCAUGGUUGGAUCACGAAGGAUCUCUCACCUCACAUGGGGGUCGGAUUUGCCAAGGCCAGUGCUGA